AUGAGUGAAAAUGAGUCGGAGGAAAUCGAAAUUCGGCUCAGAUCGUACUGGAAUCAGCGGGCCGAAGAAGUGCGAGGCGACGAGAAUAUCGCCGAUUUUUUGGCGUCAGUAAAUGCGCUUCAUUGAAAAAGUUAAAAAUAAGGCAUUUUUUAAGGUUUCCAAAGAUAGACUGAGCUGAAAAAAAUGUAGAAAAAGCAGAGAAAUUAGAAGAUCUUAAUCUUUGCAGACACCUGCAAGUAGUCGACCAGAAAACGUUUGAAAUUGCCCUGCCGACGCUGUGCAUCGUGGCGGCGAAAGAAGAGCUCGCGGAGCACCGGAAGAAAGAGUUUGAGCACAUUUGUGCACAGGUUUUGUUAGGUAAUAGAAUGAAAUAUGAAGAAAAAGUGCAUUGAAGUUGUUUCUGUUCAGAUUCCGAGUCAACGCGCCCUACACGUCGAGCCGUUCUCGCGUGUCUCAAAGAAUUCCGGGGCGGAACUCAAUGGAUCGAUUUCUACACCCUUGUGGAGGCACUCGAAGAACCACAGGUGUUGUUGAAACGAGAAUUCGGGUAAAUUUAUCUUUCAUUUCAGUUCCACAUAAUCCGUCCGAUUCUUCCCCGUUUCGACACCCUCAUCCAGUCGGUGAUCGACGGAAAACUGGACUUUUUAUGGGCAAAAAUCGCCAUAUUUCGAGCGAUUUUGCACACGAACGGAUGGAUUCGAGUGUGGGCAAUCGAGAAGAGCGUCACGAUUGACAGGCAGUUGUUGGCGAAUAACCACGAGGUGACAUUGGAGGGAAAACGUCGACAAGCGAGAAAAUUUGAUCAAAAUUAGCCACUAAGAAUGUUGAAAAAACAAACGUUCUCGAGGAUUUUUAUCAAUUUAAUGUGAAACUAGUUAGUUUUAAACGGGAGAGGGCUAGCCAGUGCAAAAGAGGAUGGGCCGAACCGGGGAUUGAACCCGGGACCUCUCGCACCCAAAGCGAGAAUCAUACCACUAGACCAUUCGGCCACAUGAUCACUUCCAUUUCGAUCACAAAACAACACGGCCGAUGCCUCCUUCCGCGCCGAAACGUUUCCCUUCCGCGCAGCUUUCCGCAAGCAAGUUUCUUUGUGUGAAAUUACUUGCGGAAAGAAAAGCGGCGCGGAAGGAGGCAUUGGGGGUGUUGUUCUGUGAUCGGAAUGGAAGUGAUCAUGUGGCCGAAUGGUCUAGUGGUAUGAUUCUCGCUUUGGGUGCGAGAGGUCCCGGGUUCAAUCCCCGGUUCGGCCCAUUCUCUUUGCACUGGCUAGCAUAUCACCGUAUUUCUACUUCAAAAACUAACUAGUUUUACAUUGAAUUAGUAAAAAAAUACUCGAAAAUGUCUCUUUUCUCGACAUUCCUCAUGGUUUUCCUCCAAAUCUUCUAUUUACGUCACUGCUACCGGUUUUCCUAUUUUUUUGUAAAUAGUGUCAGAACCCAAUUGAAAGGCGGCAAAAGAGUACCGCACCGGACGGGAUUCGAACCCGCGAGGUCUGAUGACCAUAGGAGUGCAAACCUCCCACGCCUUAAACCACUCGGCCACCGGUGCCACGAAUCUGAAUCGGGAGGGACCACUUCUGUUAGUGGUUCCAUAACUGUUCCCGCACAAACGGUCCCUUCCGGUUCCGUUGACCGAAUAAGCGGAAUGUGCUGUAUUCAGAAGCGUGGCAUCGGUGGCCGAGUGGUUAAGGCGUAGGAGUUCCCGUUCCUAUGGUCCCAAAGACCGCGGGGGUUCGAAUCCCUCCCGAUGCAAACCUUUUUUCUUUUAUUUCUUUGUGCUAAAUAGUCUGAAAUAUUUGGAAAUGCACUUUUUAUGCUGAACGGGAAACAUCGAAAAAAAUCCCAAUUUUUCAGUUUGUCACCUCGAUUCUGAUUCCGUCGCUGAACAACAACGACGUCUUCUGGAGAAUUCUGGAGAAGUCGCGAAUGGAAUCCUUCCUCGGCGACCUCUCCGAUGUGUUCGAAUCCAUCAAAUUGGCGCCUUUUUUUGUCGUAAAUCUUCUGAAAUCCGUCGAGAAUCUCACGUGCCCCACUGCCAUUUUCUUCGUUGUUUCCGCGUUGAACGACGUCGUUCCGCAUCAGAUUUUAUUGAAUUCGGACGGCGAUGACGUGGCACUGAUGAGACGAGUCGUACUCAGAGCGAGGUACAUUCCGAACAAGUCGAUGCGCAUUGUCACCAUUCGAAAUAUGGUCGUUUUCUUUGCAAAAGUCGCCAAAUUAGUGAGUUUCUCAAAAAAACACCGGAGACGUCCUUUAAGAAACCCAUUUCCUCAUUUUGCUCUAUUUCAGAGCCCGGUGGUGCUCGAAGAACUCGCCAAUCUGAUUGCCUAUUUCUCGCACGAAGGCACGCCCGCAAUGAUCUCCUCCACAUAUUCCGAAAUCGAGAAAAUCCUCGCAGAAACGCAUUAUCGACCGGACAAAGAGCACAAUGAGCUCACUUUCGUGCAAAACUACGCGGAAAACGGGCGGAACGCGCGGGAACACGCGAGAAUGUGGUGGCUGGGAAUGGGACGAACCGACAGGGAACGCAUGUUGGCCAGAUUGCAACUGGAAAUGGCCGAGACGGUCGGAGAGCGGCCCCCGCGGGAUCUGACCGCACAAAUGUUUCUUUUGAAGAAGAAACCGGAGAGUUUGGAGUGCAAAGACGGUCAGUUUUAGGGAAAAUUAUGGAAAAUUCUGAUUUCCAAUAAUAAUUUGCAGACGUGUUCGAGUUGCUGAGAAACGAGGUGGCCGAGUACAUUCUGACGCGAAUAAUCUCGAACGAGGGCUCGAAAUCGGAAUUCCAACUGCUCCGAUCCCUCUACAUUCCCCUCUUCACCCGAUAUUGUCCCCAAAUGAUCGUUCCCUCCGCCGUCGCCGUCGUGAAAUUGCUCGCCGAGCCGAGAAAUUGCGAAUCGACGGCCCUCCUCGUCACUUUUCUCGAUGCGGUUCUCGCAAAGAUUCCGGAAGAACAGGCCAAUAUUGUCGGCUCGGAUUUUGUGGAAUACGUGGGCGGAACACACGGGAUCGGCAUGAGAAGACAGAAAAAGUAGGGGAAUCUUACAUUUUCUCGAAAAGACUUGGUGAUUUCUAUCCAUUACACGUAAAACUAGUUAGUUUUGAAGUAGAAAUACUGUGAAAUGCUAGUCAGUGCAAAAGGGGAUGGGCCGAACAGGGGAUUGAACCCGGGACCUCUCGCACCCACACAGGUGAAUCGCGAAAAGUUUGUCCAGCAUAAAAAGUGCAUUUCCAAAUAUUUCAGACUAUUUAGCACAAAGAAAUAAAAGAAAAAAGGUUUGCAUCGGGAGGGAUUCGAACCCCCGCGGUCUUUGGGACCAUAGGAACGGGAACUCCUACGCCUUAACCACUCGGCCACCGAUGCCACGCUUCUGAAUACAGCACAUUCCGCUCAUUCGGUCAACGGAACCGGAAGGGACCGUUUGUGCGGGAACAGUUAUGGAACCACUAACAGAAGUGGUCCCUCCGGAUUAAGAUUCGUGGCACCGGUGGCCGAGUGGUUUAAGGCGUGGGAGGUUUGCACUCCUAUGGUCAUCAGACCUCGCGGGUUCGAAUCCCGUCCGGUGCGGUACUCUUUUGCCGCCUUUCAAUUGGGUUCUGGCACUAUUUACAAAAAUAUAGGAUGUGUCGAGAAAAUAGAUGUUUUCGAGUAUUUUUACUAAUUCAAGGUAAAACUAGUUAGUUUUGAAGUAGAAAUAUCGUGGCCAGUGCAAAAAAGAAUGGGCCGAACCGGGGAUUGAACCCGGGACCUCUCGCACCCAAAGCGAGAAUCAUACCACUAGACCAUUCGGCCACACGAUCACUUCCAUUUCGAUCACAAAACAACACGGCCGAUGCCUCCUUCCGCGCCGAAACGUUUCCCUUCCGCGCAGCUUUCCGCAAGCAAGUUUCUUUGUGUGAAAUGACUUGCGGAAAGAAAAGCGGCGCGGAAGGAGGCAUUGGGGGUGUUGUUCUGUGAUCGGAAUUAAAGUGAUCGUGUGGCCGAAUGGUCUAGUGGUAUGAUUCUCGCUUUGGGUGCGAGAGGUCCCGGGUUCAAUCCCCGGUUCGGCCCAUUCUCUUUUGCACUGGCUAGCAUAUCACCGUAUUUCUACUUCAAAACUAACUAAUUUUACAUUGAAUUAGUAAAAAUACUCGAAAAUGUCUCUUUUCUCGACAUUCCUCAUGGUUUUCCUCCAAAUCUUCUAUUUACGUCACUGCUACCGGUUUUCCUAUUUUUUUGUAAAUAGUGUCAGAACCCAAUUGAAAGGCGGCAAAAGAGUACCGCACCGGACGGGAUUCGAACCCGCGAGGUCUGAUGACCAUAGGAGUGCAAACCUCCCACGCCUUAAACCACUCGGCCACCGGUGCCACGAAUUUGAAUCCGGAGGGACCACUUCUGUUAGUGGUUCCAUAACUGUUCCCGCACAAACGGUCCCUUCCGGUUCCGUUGACCGAAUGAGCGGAAUGUGCUGUAUUCAGAAGCGUGGCAUCGGUGGCAGAGUUGAGCGGAAUUCCGUCUGCCGUCUUCCGUCUUCCGUCUUCCGUGGUUUUUUUUGUUCCGUCUUCCGUCUGCCGUCUUCCGGAAAAAAAGCUUUGUUCCGUCUUCCGUCUGCCGUCUUCCGUAAAAAAACUUUUUUUCCGUCUGCCGUCUGCCGUCUUCCGGAAUUUUUUCUUCUUACCGUAAAAGAGUAAUAACUUUUCAGAAGCCAUUUACUAGCCCCGAAGAACGCGAAUUUCCACGGGCAGUGACCCAGAUCCAAAUUUUUUGUUGCUUUAGUUAUUUUUUUUAUAAAAAACCGGAAAAAAAGGUUCUGCAUUGACGAUUUUUUUGUUCCGUCUUCCGUCUGCCGUCUUCCGGGAAAAAAGUUUUCUUCCGUCUUCCGUCUGCCGUCUUCCGUGAGAAAAAUUUUCUUCCGUCUUCCGUUUUCCGUGUUCCGUAAAAAAAAUUUUCUUCCGUCUGCCGUCUGCCGUCUUCCGGAUUUCAAAAUUCCAUUUCCGCUCAACUCUGAUCGGUGGCCGAGUGGUUAAGGCGUAGGAGUUCCCGUUCCUAUGGUCCCAAAGACCGCGGGGGUUCGAAUCCCUCCCGAUGCAAACUUUUUUCUUUUAUUUCUUUGUGCUAAAUAGUCUGAAAUAUUUGGAAAUGCACUUUUUAUGCUGAACGGGAAACAUCGAAAAAAAAUCCCAAUUUUUGCACUGGCCACGGUAUUUCUACUUCAAAACUAACUAGUUUUACAUUAAAAUGAUAAAAUUCCUCGAGAACGUCUGUUUUGCGUGUUUUUUUCCAUUCUUACUCAUGGUUUUCAGAUCGGUCGACGAGUACGACACUAAAGAGUUCAACCAGAUCGUCGGCACCCUUCAUUCUUUACGAAUCAAACUUCUAAACAGGUGUUCUACGUAUUCUUCCCCCAAUACUGUAAUAUUCAGAUUCACAAAAACCCUCUCAAAUCCCGCGGAAUUCUUGUGCGAAUGCGUCGAACAGCUCGACGUAGCCUCCUCGUUUGCGGUCAAACAACAAAUCUGCCGACUGAUGGCACGACACCUGCCCCAAUGCACCGACAAUAUCAUCUCGGUGCAGUGCAUCCGUGCCGCCGGCGCCAUCGUCAACGAGGAAAAGAAGUCGCUGAACAGUCUGCCGGCCCUGGAAUCCUUUGUAAACGUGGCACUGAGCGGUCCGCAGGGAGACCCCGAAGUAGCCCGAAUCACUGUGGAAAUGCUCGAUUCGCAAUUGGCGAUCGCCGGCCAGAGCACCCCGGUCGCCCUGAUUCUCGUCGACGCCGUCACGAGAUUCCGCGCAAAUCUCUCUGAAAUCUGGGCCCCGUUCCUCGUGAAAUUGGCCCUCUUCGGACCGGUUCCCAAAAAAGAAUCCCGAGUUUUGGGCUACGCCUACGCGAAAAUGUUCGCAGAAGAGGGGGAUAAACUCGAAAAUUAUCAAAUCGAACGGUUGGAUCAAGUGGUCCAGAAAGCCCGAUUCAAAGCGGUCCUUCUCGCUCUGAAACUGGCCAGAGAGGCACCGGACACGUGGCUCCACACCUUGAUCCGAGAAAUAUUCGUGGCGUCGGCGAUUAUGGAUCAGAGCUCGAGCCGUUCGUUCGGACUGUCGAUGGCCCACCGACAGAAGACCCGCGCCGUCGAAUUGUUGCACUUGUUGGCCGGGAGCGUCCAGGAUGAGGUGCGUAACCGGUGUUUGUGCAUUAUUCGACACAAAAUGUUGCGCAAAAAGCAGAGACUUCUCCGUUUCACAACGUGAUGUUCCACAACCGUUACGUUUCGCCACUAAAGCAGAGCGGUUGCGAAACACGUGGUUGAUAUUCGACAAGCUGUUUCAGUGGCGAAACGCAACGGUUGUGUAACAUUAGGUUGCGUAACGAAGAAAUCUCAAAAAGAGGUGUCACAUUCGCUUCACCUGAAAAUUGUCUAAAAGUUGCCACGUUUUAGGAGUUCGCCUCGGAAAUAUUCGAUUUCUGCAUCGCCUGUGUCGUCGACCCUUGCCAGCAGUUUUCGAUUAAAUUGAUCGUCGAAUGGACGUUGGCGCGGCUGUGCAUCAAAUUCGAAAAACUCUUCCAGAAGUUGGUGGAUAAGGAGUUUGAGGUACUAAAGACUUGGAUACGUUAUCUGGUCCCAAGAUGUACUAUUUUGGAAAAGGCCAGGUUUUUGCGGAAAUUGCGGCCUUUUCGUCCAUAAAAUCAACAAAAUACGAUCAACAACAUCGAACAUUCCACGAUUUUACAGGCAAAAAUGGCGGCGCAACGGAUCGGCUCAGUGUGCUCGUGGCUGAACGUCCUCAUGCUCAUUUCGCGGGCGGCCCCGCACCUCACCGAAACGUGUCUCGACAAGACGGUCGUCUGGUGCACCGCCCAGAACUUUCCGGUCCGGUGCACGGCGCUCGCCGCCGCUCGUCUCAUGUUCGGCACUUUUGAGAAGGAGAAACGCAAGAAGUGGCGAAUUGUGAAGGCGAUUGUGAACUUCGACGCGGAACCUUCGGGAAACUCGCGCCGAGUCAUCGACAAUCUCUGCGCGGAUUUCUAUUUUUCGAAAUUGCACGUCGAACGCCAUCUCGAUUUCCAGACGGUCCUCACCGAAAUCGCGCAAAGAACGGGCAUGCCUGCGGAGGAAACCAUUCCGACGGGGAUUAUUCUCGAAGUAUCCGACGUUGAAGACGUGAAACUUCUGAAUAAAGACUUGGAAUUCCUGGCGGCACCCUCAGAAGUAUACUCGGCACUUUCGAAGAACGCGAGCUCGGCGCCAAGUAUGGAAAAUCAAGAGGACACCGAAAACGACAUCACUGACCCGGAUUCUGAAGUUGGAGCAUCGUUCCAGCGAAAAAUAGUGAAAAACGAGGAGACGACGGAGCAGGAACACUCGCUGAUCGUCGUCGCUUCCCUCGUGGACAAGCCGAACAACCUGGGCGGAAUCUGCCGGACCUCGGAAAUUUUCGGAGUGGACACUCUCGUCGUCGCCGACAUCCUAGUGGUGCAGGACUCGAACUUCCGCGCGCUCAGCAUGAGUUCGGAGAAUUGGCAACACGUGGAGGGCGUGAAACCGGCCAACCUGCUGCCGUAUCUGCAAGAUUUGAGGGCCAAGGGGUAUACGGUCAUUGCGGCCGAACAGACGACCGACAGCGUCAUGAUGCACGAGUUUGUCUUCCCCAAAAAGGUGCGUUUUUUCUUUUGAGCGAAAAUGGGCGAUUUUGGAAAUGGCGAUUAUGGUCGUUGUGGAAAUCGAUUGCAGUAACGUAAAUGAAAGAUUUUUGUGAAUAAUAGAGAAAAACCACUAGGAAUGUUGACAAAACAAACGUUCUCGAGGAUUUUUAUCAAUUUAAUGUGAAACUAGUUAGUUUUGAACGGGAGAGGGCUAGUCAGUGCAAAAGAGAAUGGGCCGAACCGGGGAUUGAACCCGGGACCUCUCGCACCCAAAGCGAGAAUCAUACCACUAGACCAUUCGGCCACACGAUCACUUCCAUUCCGAUCACAAAACAACACCCCCAAUGCCUCCUUCCGCGCCGAAACGUUUCCCUUCCGCGCAGCUUUCCGCAAGCAAGUUUCUUUGUGUGAAAUGACUUGCGGAAAGAAAAGCGGCGCGGAAGGAGGCAUUGGGGGUGUUGUUUUGUGAUCGAAAUGGAAGUGAUCGUGUGGCCGAAUGGUCUAGUGGUAUGAUUCUCGCUUUGGGUGCGAGAGGUCCCGGGUUCAAUCCCCGGUUCGGCCCAUUCUCUUUUGCACUGGCUAGCAUAUAACGGUAUUUCUACUUCAAAACUAACUAGUUGUACAUUGAAUUAGUAAAAAUACUCGAAAACGUCUCUUUUCUCGACAUUCCUCAUGGUUUUCCUCCCAAUCUUCUAUUUACGUCACAGCUACCGGUUUUCCUAUAUUUUUGUAAAUAGUGUCAGAACCCAAUUGAAAGGCGGCAAAAGAGUACCGCACCGGACGGGAUUCGAACCCGCGAGGUCUGAUGACCAUAGGAGUGCAAACCUCCCACGCCUUAAACCUCUCGGCCACCGGUGCCACGAAUCUUAAUCCGGAGGGACCACUUCUGUUAGUGGUUCCAUAACUGUUCCCGCACAAACGGUCCCUUCCGUUUCCGUUGACCGAAUAAGCGGAAUGUGCUGUAUUCAGAAGCGUGGCAUCGGUGGCCGAGUGGUUAAGGCGUAGGAGUUCCCGUUCCUAUGGUCCCAAAGACCGCGGGGGUUCGAAUCCCUCCCGAUGCAAACCUUUUUCUUUUAUUUCUUUGUGCUAAAUAGUCUGAAAUAUUUGGAAAUGCAUGUGAACAACAUUGUUCAAGCCGCCCUCUCUCGCUCACAAAACACCGAAUUCCCAAACCCCGGUGUUUUGGGAGCGAGAGGGGGAGCGAAACAUAUAAGAAGACCGCCAUCUUUGUGACAGCAGCUUAUUCUUUUCUUAUAAUAAAUAUUAUUCUAUACGAAACAUGGUGACCCAGUCUAUUUGAACCUUCAAUCUUCUCCACGAUCACCAUCGAGCAAGAGUGAUCAUCGAAGAACACAAUGAGCUCAUCCGCAAUCCGAUCCCAGAUUGGGAUAUGUCGCAGACGUCUGAAGGACGCCAUCGACGAGUCAACGAACAUCGACAAUGUCUCCGCCGCCAAGGAUGAUUCCAGCGAAGACAUCUACUCAACAAUCUCUGCCAUUACGGACACUAUCUAUCGAAUCGAGAUAGAGGUAUCGCGUAUCAAGAAGUGCAACGAUGAGUGGAACCAACUCAUCAAUCAGCAACCUGCCGAAGCAGCAAUCAAGGAGGACUACAAGAAACGUGUUGGAGACUACGAAACAGAACUCGUCAAAGCCGAAGGCACCGCAGUUCGUCUGAAGACAGUCUACGAAGAGUACGUCGCUCUUCACCGCAACAAAUCAACGGAAUCUACUGCCUACCCACAAGUAAUCAACGUCUCCCCACACACCCCGUCAUCAACUCCAAUGCUGUCCAUGCGACUUCCAACGUCCUUACCAGCAACGACACAGCAGCCUCCAGUUCCAGUACAUUCAAUGCAACCGCAACAUCAAAUUCCCGUUCAAGCAACACAGCAACUCCCGCAACUCCAAACUCCGAUUCACGUGCAAUCCAUGCAACUCCAGACUCCAAUUCAAGUGCAAUCCAUGCAAACUCAAUUUCCGACCAAUGGACUGUCAAUGCCACCGCAGAAUCCAAUCCAACCAAGUAUGAUGACUUCAAUACCAAUCCAACUUCCCACCAUCAAUCUACCCGUGUUCCAUGGGGAUCACAUGGAGUACCACUCCUUCAUCGAGCUCUUCUCGUCACUCAUCGAUAUCCAACCAAUGGCGGAUAUCAUGAAGAUGCACUAUCUUCAAUCUUCACUCAAUGGCGAUGCGAAGAAGCUCAUCCAACAUUUGCCACUUUCCGGAACCAACUACGCGAUCGCCAGAAAGGUACUUCACGAUCACUAUGGUGAUGUACGAAGAACCAGAUUCAACCUCAUGCGGAAACUACAAGAUCUACCAGCAGUGAGCAACCACAACAACACAGUCAUGCUUCACGAAUUCUGGACCGAGGCCUCUACUACUUUUGAACGCCUCAAGCUUCUCGAACCAGACUGUGACAACGCCAUGACUGCCGACAUCAUCUCCAGAAAGCUGCCACUACGCUACAUCGAAAAGCUCUACUCCGGACGGAAUUCCAAUCAGCACUUGACAGCAUCUACCCUCCUGCAACUGGUCCAUGAACUUAUUCAAUCCGACUCCAUCAUCAUCACCAUUGCCAAUCGAGUUUCAUCAGAGAAACCAACCACAACGAUGAGCACGCAGCAACAAGUCAAUGCCAAACCUCUUCUUCCCAAGUCCAGUGCCAAUGCCAACGUGACCUCACCCUGUGCUUUCUGCUCGAGAUUCCACCGUCACGAGGAUUGUCGUACCUACAGCACCCCUGACGAACGCAAGAAACGUGCACGAGAACGGAAUCUCUGCUUCAAAUGCCUGAAGACCGGACACCGCAGCACUGAGUGCCGAAAAUCACGCCCGUGCUAUCAUUGCAAGGGCACACACCAUUCGGCCCUUUGCUCUGUUCGACGACAGCGCCCGACGUCACCUCCUCAUCACAUCAAAGACAAUGACUCACAUCCUCGCGGCCGCUCCUUUUCCCCCAAACCGAGACAAUCCAACCAUCAACAUCGAGACGGAAGGAGCAGUAACAACAACGGCAACCGACGACAUGAAUCACCAGGACGUCAACAACCUGGAAACUCCCAUCAGUCGCAGACGGAUUCCCGCAGAGUACGAUUCAACAACACUUCCGUAGUGACCAGCCAUCUCGAGGAACCCCUCGAACAGACCGAGACUGGAAUGACCAUCUCACUGACAACAACAUCAACCCCACCCACAGCUCCGCCUGUCUCGUACGUUCCGGACACUUCCGUCUACUCAGAGUCACAUCUUCCAAUUGCAAUGAUGGCAACCUCAAUUCCCGUGGACAACCACAAUGGCAAACCCAUUCCAACUGUCGUCUUCUUCGACCAUGGCAGCGACCGCAGUUACAUUACCGAACAAUUGUCCCACCAGUUGGAACUGGAACCUCUCGACCAGAAACGGUUCAACGUGAACACCUUCGCUGCUGAAACAACGACAAGCUUCCACUCCAAACGGUUCGUCGUCACAUUCAACGUCAAAGGCAAGAAGAUCCCCAUUCCAUUGACCGAAGUUCCCACCAUCACGCGCUCCAUCACGACUUGCAACCUUGAUGAAACCACCAUCAAACAACUUCUCAGCGAUGAACAUGCCAUUCUACCCCGAUCCACUGCGAAACCAGGAAUUCUCCUUGGACUCGAUCACAUGAACAAGAUCCUUGGAGACACAUUCUCCACAAAACUACCGAACGGAUCUGACAUCUACUGGACGGACGUCGGCAUCAUCAUCACCGGUACAGAAUCUUCAUCGUCAUCGUCAGAUCAACAAACCACUCUGUGCGUCGAACCAACACCAAUGCCUACCCCUCACGGUAUUCUACACAACAGUCCAGAAGAUGAUCACGAAGCACUACGCAAGCUGAUCGAACAGUUUUGGAGUUUGGAAUCAGCAGGAAUUUUCGAACACCCACGCACGACAGACGAAGAACUUGCUGCCAAACACUUUGCCGAUACGACCACUCGGGACGAAACCGGCCGUUACGUUUGCCGCUGGCCCUUCAAGGAGAGUCUCUCGACACUGCCAGACAACCGAGCCUUGGCUUUUCACCGUCUCCAAUCAACACUUCGUCGCCUCAUGAAAGAUCCUCAACUGUACAUCAAGUACAACGACAUCAUCGUCGACCAACUCCGGCGAGGCUUCAUCGAGCUCGUGAUCAACGAAAAAGACACUCAGUUUCCUCGACACUACUUGUCACAUCAUCCAGUUCUGAAGAGCAGCUCCACAACGACCAAAAUGCGUAUUGUCUACGACGCAUCUGCUCGUGCUUUCAAACUGGCCAAGUCACUGAAUGACGUGUUGCAUGCAGGUGAAUCACUCCUGCCACAUCUAGUUGGCGUUCUGCUCCGCGCACGACUACCACAGAUUCUCAUCAGUUCGGACAUCGAGAAAGCCUUUCUCAUGCUGGGACUUCAUGAAGCCGAUCGCGACGUUUGCCGUUUUCUCUGGCAACCCCCCGGAGCUGAAAAACCCAAUUGCUACCGAUUUCUCCGAGUUCCAUUUGGCGUCAAGAGCAGUCCAUUCCUACUAAAUGCCACUAUCAAGAAACACCUCACGGACAGCAACUCCACUGUGUGCAGACAGAUUCUUCGGAACAUCUACGUGGACAACGUCUUUCAAGGAGUCGACACGAUCGCUGAUGGUCUCCGUUUCUAUCAUCUCUCCAAGAAGAUCUUCAAAGAUGCCCAGAUGAACCUGACUCAGUUCUACUCGAACUCUACGUCCCUGGAUCGUGCCAUCGCUCAACUGGAAGACAAGCCAGUGGAUGAGUCUCCCGAUCACAAAAUUCUUGGAGUUGGAUGGAACACCAUCACUGACCAACUACUCAUUGCCAUCCCGACAGCCGUCACGACUCCAUUGACUAAGAGGAAAAUCCUGCAGUUCAACGCAAUGAUCUACGACCCUCAUGGAUACAUUGCUCCAGUCGUUCUCCGUGGAAAACUUUUCUUCCAAGCUCUCUGGACUCGAUCUUCCGAUUGGGACGCCGCCCUCACCGAAUCAGAGAAAGAAGAAUGGUAUUCAAUCCAAGCUGGGAUGAAUGGACUUCCCAUCACAAUCAACAGGAAGUACUUCGAAACUUCUUUGGGCCCAGACGACAAACUCGAGCUGCAUUUGUUUGGCGACGCCAGUGAGUCAGCAUACGGUUCCGUCGCCUACCUCAGACGCAUUGGCCCUCAUGGAAUCGAAAUCGCCUUUGUCAUGGCAAAGAGCAAGGUCAUGCCACUCCGACGAGCGUUAACAAUUCCCCAAGCGGAACUACUGGCCAUCGAACGCUGUGCACAACUGGCCAAAACACUGACGGAUGAGAUGGACUUGCAGUUCCGAGAAGUAGUCCUUUGGACCGACUCCAUGUGCAGCCUGGACCAGCUCGCCUCCAACAACGCUGGAUCAACGUACAGCAGAAACCGCAUUCGAACCAUCAACAAGCUAGCACCGAAUUGCACUUUCUCUCACGUGCAAGGCAAACUCAACCCAGCGGACGUUUUGAGUAGAGGAUGUACACUCGAAGAACUUCGUCACGACAACAAUUGGUGGAAAGGCCCCGAGUUUCUAUCCCACACUACUCUUCCAAUCCGAACUUCAAGCGUGACUCAAUCGAUCACGGCCGCGGUCAACACUCAGAUGGAACCUUCUCCUAUCCUGAAUUUGGACCCAUCACGUUUCAACAGCUUCCAUCGUCUCCUCAACAUUGUGAUGCUCCUUCUCCAACUCUUUGUCAAAGACACCACAACAAUCAAGAACAAAGCAAAAGCCGUAAUCACGAAACUCGCCCAACAACUUCAAAUGCCCGACGAGCAAACGAUUCGCAAUCUCCAUCUGCAGCGCAUCAACGGCAUAUUCUACUACGAUGGACGAGUACCCGACAAGAGAGUGCCCUUUCUUCCGAAAGGACACAUCGCCAAGCUGUUUGUUCAGGCAAUACAUCGUCAGAACAAACACAGCAGCCCCAUGUUCACACUUGCCAAAGUACGGAACGAAGUUUGGAUCCCGAAUGGUUUAUCCUUCAUCAAGAAAACAAUCAAAGACUGUUUCUUCUGCCGCAUCAUCAACGCAAGAGCUACUCGCCAACCUGACUUCCCAUCAUUUCCACUCUCUCGUACGACAUGGCAUCUUCCGUUCUCCAUCUGUGGACUCGAUUAUGGUGGACCGAUCAAAGCUCGGAACAACUCGGACACGCGAAAGUACUGGUUUCUUGUGAUAACCUGCUUCACUACUCGAUACACCGUCGUGGAGAUAGUCCCAUCACUGGAUGCCAUCAAUCUCCUUCGAGCCCUCCGCCGUUUCUGUUCACAGUAUGGAACACCGAAAGAAUUUCUGACGGACAAUGCAGCUCAAAUUGUGAUGCUCUCCAAAGUCACCCAAGAAGUCGCACACCAACUAAGAACCACGACUCCGUCCAUGAUGCCAUUCACGGAUCAUCCUCCACUACCCAACUUUCGAUUCAUUCCCGCAUUGAGUCCAUGGGCUGGUGGAUUGUACGAAAGAAUGGUUGGACUCGUCAAGAACUGUUUGGUCCGUUCCGGAACCACCCGUCAACUCAUGGAGGAAGAAGACCUUCGAACUCUGUUCAAAGAAGCCGAAGCCGUAAUCAACGACCGCCCCUUGUCAUACGUCAGCCAGGAUGACAUUCAACCACUAAGACCUGUCGAUCUUGUCUACCCCACAAAACGCCAUUCAACACUCCUCCACGUCGAUGAGACAAUGGACUUUUCUGGAAUCAAUGUAUCGACACACGCUUCAUUCCUUGAAGAUUGGACCAAGACGUCAAGCCUCACUGACUACUUUAUCCGACGUUGGAAAGAAGAGUACGUUCAAAUCCUGCAGACCCGACCAACACUCACUCACGCUCAAGACCGGAUCACGAAUCCAGAACCUCUUCAAGUCAACGAGAUAGUCAUGUUUGAGGACUCCGGCCAGAAGACCACUUGGCCAUUAGCAAGAAUCACCGAGCUGAAUGGACGAUCCGCCAAACUCCAAUCUGCAAAGACUGGAGCAAUCAUCGAGAGACCGUACAAGAAGAUCUUCAAACUUGAAUUGGAACCACCACUGCAGAAGAACCUCAAAACCCGAGAUUCCCCCUCAAUCGUCUCACCUCCACACGACUCAAAUUCAUCGAGAAGGAUCACCCGAAGCAUGACGCGAAACAACUCGACACCCACGAUCAACACUGACGGCAAUCGCAGCACUCCUCCUACACGGACUCGACAUCGACGGCAUCAACAAAGUACCACACUUCUGGGACUUCUAGCUCUGACGAUACUACUACCAACCACCACUGCCUUCACAAUCAACGGAACAUCGCCAGUUGACUUCGUCAACACUCAACUCGUCUACUGGACCACGACGUACUUUUACAUUGUUCACGUAGCUGCAGCCCUCAUAGGAAUUACCAUCCUGACGAUAUUCCUCCACACCAUGGUUCUAUGCUUCCAAUGGUCCAAAUUCCUCCUCGACUCUAUCCUACAUGGCCUCCGUUGGAUUAUCCUUCAAUCGCGACGAUGCAUCGGCUGGAUCCGGGCGAAGAGAAGACGUAGACGAACUAAGCGACUGCUACUACUCGUUCUGAUGACGUACUCUCCAAUUCUAUCAUCCGCCUGCAGCAAUGUCGCACACAUCAGUGGCCACGAACGAGCGUGCUACGUGGAAGAGGACAGAUCCAGAUGUUCGAUCAACUCAGUCUCACUGAUCGCAGCGAAAGCAAACGGAGCCGCGAGCUGUUUGGAAAUUCGUAACGAAGAAGAAGAGACUCUGACCACCUUGAAAAUCGCGGCCACAGCUCUCAACAGCCACUGCGAGAAGAACGUCGCUUUCUACUCGCGCGACUUCACCCUCAACACGGAAUACGUUCAUCGAUGCAACGGAGCCGGUUCAUGCUCGACAGCACGAUGCGGAUCACUCGGACCCAACGAGGAAAUAUCGGAACUCUCUCGAUCAUCUCGCACACAACCCGGCUUCACCGCAUGCACGCCUGGAUGUGGAGGAUGGACCUGCAACUGCUUUCACUUCGAUCCCGCCUGCCUGUUUUUCCGCGUCUACGCAACACCUACUUCGGACACCAUCUACGAAAUCAGUCACUGCCCAACCUGGACUCCACGACUUCAGGUUGACAUCGAGAUUGGUGAGAUCAACAUCAGCACAGAACUGUCCCCAGGAGUCAAGUUCACCAUACCUGAUACCAACAUCAGCAUAACUGCAACCGGAUUCAGUGCUCCCCCCCUUCAAGUGCAUCAAGCAACCUUCAUACAAGCCUACACUCAUGGAGCCUGGGUACCAAACUGGACUGCCUACACGUUUGCACAGCCUGCUGCCCCCGGAAGGCCCACUAAAGGAUUAGUGGGUGAACUACAAUGCAAUUCCCGAUCCAAUGCUAUUCGGUUCAAUUGCUAUUUUGACCAAUCCCUCUGUCACUGCAAUGGUUUCUCAACUCAAGUCAAUUGCCAAUGUUCCACAACCAAGAUGGCCGACUAUGGUUUGCAAAACAAGCUGCCCACUGAACGACUCAACCACAAAGUGUUCACACUCAGUGGAACUCCACAUGUGGUUACUUCGGCGACUCAGGAAACGCUGAUCAACCUACAUGUCGAAAUGGUCAAUGUGACAGUGAGUAGAAUAACUGAGAUUCUAUCAUGUUAUGCGGAACAAAUCGGUGAAUUAUCCGGAUGUCAUUCGUGCUAUUCGGGAGCUUCCGUGAAGAUCAACUGUCGAUCCAGAAAGCAUAUGUCCGGUCUUCUUCAUUGCCAGCACCACUUCGAGGCCACGAUCAACUGCAGCCCUGAUGGAAGUAUCAACGAUCUUCUGAUCCCGUCGGACAAGAAAUUGGUCAAUCUCAACUGUUCACUCGACUGCGGCAGACGGACGAAUCUCUUCAUCAAUGGAACCCUCGACACCAUCAACACAUUCUCUGACAACAGUUCGUUUUACUCCUUUGCCUAUGAUAGAAUAGUUCACACCGCCCUUAGUCUAGGAGACCUAAUCUCUAAUUUUCUGAGUUCCUUCACGAAGCCCUUCAAAUACCUAUUGAUAAUUUUUCUUAGUAUCGUCCUUAUCGUUUUUAUAUUCAUCCCCCUUUUCAAAUGUUGUCACCGAAACUAUUCAAGAUUCUUUAGAUAUAGGAGAAUUAGAAAUCUAAAGAAAAAAUACAACUUAUCAUAAGUCCCUUCACUUCCCUUCACUUCUCGUUAUCCGGAGUGUGAACAACAUUGUUCAAGCCGCCCUCUCUCGCUCACAAAACACCGAAUUCCCAAACCCCGGUGUUUUGGGAGCGAGAGGGGGAGCGAAACAUAUAAGAAGACCGCCAUCUUUGUGACAGCAGCUUAUUCUUUUCUUAUAAUAAAUAUUAUUCUAUACGAAACAAUGCAGUCCGUUAUAACUGAUAACGAACAAAGAAUUCUGAAUUUGUACAAAAAUAUUUCUCCGAUUGCAUCACAUUUUUAACCACUCCUUACUAAGUAACAUUUCUAUAAAGCUUUUCGUAAAAGAAUUGAGGAAAUUUUACAAACAGAAAAAGUAAAAGAUAAUCGAAAAAAAAGUCGCUCUGUGGCGAAAAGUUGUGAAGACUGAAGAAAAAUCAUAAAUCCAAGAACGCGCGGUCGUCUCGAUUGCUGAAUGAUUGCUAACUGAUUGACCAUCCUUCCCACAUUCACGAGGUGCAUUCGCAUUCCCCCACUCCUCGGACAUCUUUCAGGCGUAGCGCCUUUUCGAGCGCUGAUUGCUCAAGGAUUAGCCAUCCGUUAGCCAUUCUUCGGCCAUACCGCUCGCUCUGCCACUAUUCGGCCAUCGCGGUGGAAUUUUUUCGAUGUUUCCCGUUCAGCAUAAAAAGCGCAUUUCCAAAUAUUUCAGACUAUUUAGCACAAAGAAAUAAAAGAAAAAAGUUUGCAUCGGGAGGGAUUCGAACCCCCGCGGUCUUUGGGACCAUAGGAACGGGAACUCCUACGCCUUAACCACUCGGCCACCGAUGCCACGUUUCUGAAUACAGCACAUUCCGCUUAUUCGGUCAACGGAAACGGAAGGGACCGUUUGUGCGGGAACAGUUAUGGAACCACUAACAGAAGUGGUCCCUCCGGAUUAAGAUUCGUGGCACCGGUGGCCGAGAGGUUUAAGGCGUGGGAGGUUUGCACUCCUAUGGUCAUCAGACCUCGCGGGUUCGAAUCCCGUCCGGUGCGGUACUCUUUUGCCGCCUUUCAAUUGGGUUCUGACACUAUUUACAAAAAAAUAUAGGAAAAACCGGUAGCUGUGACGUAAAUAGAAGAUUGGGAGGAAAACCAUGAGGAAUGCCGAGAAAAUAGACGUUUUCGAGUAUUUUUACUAAUUCAAUGUACAACUAGUUAGUUUUGAAGUAGAAAUACCGUUAUAUGCUAGCCAGUGCAAAAGAGAAUGGGCCGAACCGGGGAUUGAACCCGGGACCUCUCGCACCCAAAGCGAGAAUCAUACCACUAGACCAUUCGGCCACACGAUCACUUCCAUUUCGAUCACAAAACAACACCCCCAAUGCCUCCUUCCGCGCCGCUUUUCUUUCCGCAAGUCAUUCCACACAAAGAAACUUGCUUGCGGAAAGCUGCGCGGAAGGGAAACGUUUCGGCGCGGAAGGAGGCAUUGGGGGUGUUGUUUUGUGAUCGGAAUGGAAGUGAUCGUGUGGCCGAAUGGUCUAGUGGUAUGAUUCUCGCUUUGGGUGCGAGAGGUCCCGGGUUCAAUCCCCGGUUCGGCCCAUUCUCUUUUGCACUGACUAGCAUAUCACGGUAUUUCUACUUCAAAACUAACUAGUUUUACAUGAAACUGAUGAAAACUCUCGGGAUGUCUGUUUUCUCAGCAGUCCUAGUGACCAGUUUUGAUCAAAUUUUCUCGCUUGUCGACGUUUUCCCUCCAAUGUCACCUCGUGGUUAUUCGCCAACAACUGACUGUCAAUCGUGACGCUCUUCUCGAUUGCCCACACUCGAAUCCAUCCGUAUGAUCGGAAUGGAAGUGAUCGUGUGGCCGAAUGGUCUAGCGGUAUCACAAACCGGCGUGGGUGAAAUGAGGGCGAGGAGUGAGCAAACAGGCGGGGAGGCCGAAAUCAGACCCUUUUUCAACUCACUGCGCGUCUGAGGCUGUUUCGGUCUGAAUUAGAACUGUGUGAUGAGAAUCAGAUAUUCCGAUUAGAGUUUCUAGAAUUUCUUGCUUACUUCUUCCGAAGGUUAUUUAGAAAAGGUACUUUGGCUAAUUCCGUUCUUCGCCGCGAGGACGCUUAUUCAUGAAGAGCAAAAAAAUGGUUGACAGAUUUUGAACUCUAUUCGCUAAUAUUUUGACUUGUUUGCAGGCUGUAAUCGUGAUGGGCGACGAGAAGGAAGGCGUCCCGGUCGGUCUUCUGCGAGCCGUCGACCAGACCGUCGAGAUCAAGCAGGUCGGACACACGCGGAGCCUGAACGUCCACGUCACCGCGGCUCUCAUGAUUGCCAAGUUCGCCGAGCAAGUCAAAUUCGCCAAAAACUAA